UUUGGUUUCCAGUCCAUCUCAUCCAACAGAUCCAAGAUGGCGGACGAAGGAAUAGCUGUUGGAAUUCUUACAGUGAGUGACAGAUGCUUUCAAGGCAAGGCAGAAGACAGAAGUGGGCCGAACUUGACCAAACUAGUCCUCGAAGCAAAAGAGUUAAAUGUCAAGCAAAUAGAGCACGACUGUGUCCAAGAUAGCGUUUCUGAGAUAAAGAAAAUCUUGUGCAAAUGGAGUGAUGUUGACAAGCUUCAGCUGAUCAUUACGACAGGUGGAACAGGAUUUUCACCUCGUGAUGUAACCCCUGAGGCAACAAGUCAAGUUAUCCAUCGUAUAUCACCAGGUUUAUCACAGCACAUGAUAGCAGAAUCCCUUAAAGUCACUCCACUUGCUGUUCUAUCAAGGCCUGUUUGUGGAAUGAGAAAUAAAACUCUGAUUAUUAAUCUACCAGGCAGCAUCAAGGGCUCACAGGAGUGUUUUCAGUUCAUCCUUCCAGUCCUCCCCCAUGCCUUGGAUAUUAUAAAUGGCUCCCCAAAAGCAACUGCAACACAUAAUGCUAUGGCAGCAAAAACACCUUCAAGCAAGGAUGCACCUGUACACGUUUGUCCUCACAACGCUGGACGAGAUUUAAGCAAAGUGGCUGAAAGAGAUCGUCAUUCUCCAUACCCACUGAUGCCUAUGGACAAAGCAACCAGUGCCGUGAUGGAACAAGCCAAUCAUCUUGGCGCACACUUGAUUGAUGUACAAGAUGGAUUAGAUUGUGUUCUGGCAGAGGAUGUUUGUUCAGAAGCUCCAUUUCCUCCGUUCCCUGCUUCUAUCAAAGAUGGCUAUGUCUUAGCUUCAGAUGGACCAGGAGUUCGCAAAGUUGUUGGUCCGGUGACAGCAGGUGAAAUUGGAAAAACUGAAGUCAAGGUGAAGAUCUUGUCAACUCCCAAAGUUGGACAGGAUAUAAGGCCCAUUGGGUUUGACAUUUCCUCUGGAGAGCUGGUUCUAAGCAAAGGAGAGGUCCUGGGUCCUGCGGAGCUUGGUUUGUUGGCCACAGUUGGUGUUACCCAGGUAUCUGUUUUCAAGAAGCCCAAGGUUGCUAUCCUUUCAACUGGUAAUGAGAUUGUCCAACCCACAGGAAGCCCAAAGGCUGGUCAAAUCAGGGACAGCAACAAGACAACACUAACAGCAGCUGUGAAGAAAGAAGGGUUUGAUGUUAUUGACCUGGGAAUAGCUCGAGAUAAUCCUGAAAGUCUUGAAGCUACUCUUACCAAGGGUUUGUCUGAAGCAGAUGUUGUCAUAUCAUCUGGGGGUGUGUCUAUGGGUGAAAAGGACCUUCUCAAGCCAGUUCUUGAAGACAAACUUGGGGCUACUAUUCACUUUGGUAGAGUUUUCAUGAAACCAGGGAGAGAUGCGCGGCCAGUUGACCAGUUUUUCUCUGAGGGCAUCAGCCACAACCGAUGAAUUACCAAAUCGCCGUUCUAGGGUUUUCAUAGCUUCUCGGUAGGCAGAGGCAGAUGGAACAAACUGGUAGCCUUCAACAACCUUCUUUGGUUCUCCAGCCAGGUACUGUUGCAAGUAUAGGAUUCGCUCGCUGUCGCUUGACGUGCGUCUCUCAAUUACAGUUUGGAAGGCAGCCUUCCAUGUUGGCCACUCUAGGGGGUUUCCGGUGAAGACGUUCAACUUAGGGGAUGGUAACCUGGAUGCUUGAAUGCCUUCUGCUAUCGAUAAACYUAUGUCUUGUGCUGACUGGAAAGUGUGGACUUGACUGGUUAAGGUCUGUGGCGUUGACACUUGGAUUGGACCCUUGUAUAUCCUUGGUGGUUGAAUGGGUGCGCUGUUUUCUAAAUAGCAUGCAGGAUGGUUAAACCGAUAAAAGAAGCAUCAGUUCCAAAUCAUCACUUAAACAAAGGGCUUCUUAUUUUUGUUGUGGAAUAAUAGAGUAUUAUUUUUUCCUUUCCUUUCCUUUCCUUUCCUUUCUUUUCCUAUUCAAAAUAUCCUCUUAAUAUUUCUGAUGUGCAAGAAUAAAUGUUUUGAAUAAGAUAAGAGUGUAGUUGUCAUACCACAUUAC